AGCACGUCAUCGUUACACAGUGUGCAGCAGACAGGUGAGGUGUGAGGAGAACUGAUCCAUCAUUUAAGUGACUUGGCCUCCACAUUAUCAAACCACCUGAGCUGAUCUUAUGAAUGGAGGACUUUAAAAUCUGUCCAGUGACUAACUACUACAAAAGGAUCCUUCUGCCAGUGUCCUACAGCAUUGUGUUCCUGCUGGGCCUGAGUUUAAACGGCGCCCUGCUGUGGUGCGUGUGCUGUCGGCUGCGCCAUUGGAGCAGCACGGUCAUCUACUCGACCAACCUCGCCGUGGCGGAUCUCCUGUACGUGCUGGCCUUGCCCCCUCUCAUCAUCAGCAAUGCCAUGGGCAGCAUGUGGCCCUUCGGGAACGUCAUCUGCAAAAGCGUCAGGUUCUUCUUUUUUGUCAACCUGCACUGCAGCAUGAUGUUUCUGACGUGCGUCAGCGUGCACCGCUUCCUCGGAGUGUGCUUCCCCAUCGCUGCUGUGCGCCUCAGGACCAAAAAAGUCGCCCUCUUCGCGUCAGGCUCGGUUUGGAUCCUUGCCACUGCAGAGAUUUUACCCACAUUGGUCUUUGCGCACACGGGUGUGAUCAACAACAUGACUGUGUGUUUUGAGAUGACCAACCCGGGGCGGUUUAAAGUUUACUUCCCCUACGGAAUGUUUUUGGCCAUAGUGGGCUUUCUGAUCCCAUUCCUCGUCGUUAUCACCUGUUACUGCUCCAUGAUGACGGUGCUUUACUGCAGGGCCCCGGACAGCAUCUCCAACGCGAGGACAGCUCGGAUGCGCAACAAGUCUAUUUACACACUCUUGGUUGUGUGUCUCAUGUUUGUGGUGUGUUUUGUGCCUUAUCACAUCGCCCGGACCGUCUACUUGUUUGUGAGGGUCUAUAUGCCCGAAGACUGUCACCUGCUGAACGUGGUCAUGAUCUCCUUCAAGGUGUGGAAGCCUGUGGUCAGUUUCAACUGCUGCGCUAAUCCCCUCUUCUACUUUUUCGGCUGUAAUCGGCACCGUCAGAGGCUCCGGGCCUGGCUGUGGAGGCGGAGGAAGAGGGUGCAGCCCAGUGUGAGUGUGGUGGAUGUCGGCAGCACACACAGGUCCGCAGGGCAGAGAGCAUCCAUCAGAGGUCUCAUUAAGUGACUUUUAUCAGGAGGCCGUGGGCGGUAAUGACAUUAGGACUGUACCAACACUGUCUAUAAACUGUUUAAUAUUUCCUUUUAUUGUUUAAAUAUAAGAAUGUGUAUCUGGCAACAUUCAUCAGAGAAGGCACUGACUCUUGAGGCAUACUUUUUUGUACACUUGCAUCCUAUAAAACCUGAAGGAUCAGCAAAAGCAAGAAACUAAGUCAUAGUGUAAAUACUGAGCCUGCAAAAUGAGGUUAUUAAAAAGCAAUGAUACUGUGGCCACAGGUGAUGUUGAACAUUUGGGGGAAUUGGUGCCCUCUGUCGUUUGCAG